AUGGUGGGAAAUAGUGCGAGCGGGACGACCCACUUGAAGAAUCACUUGAGGUUGUGUGCGUCUUUCAGAAAUUUUAGCAGUGGCCAAGCAGAGGUAGGAAAGUUCUUCCUGGAAUGUGGUGAGAAGAGAAAAGCUGAAACCAGCAGGCUCGAUUGCUUCAACUAUGAUCCCAACAGUGACAAGCAGGAUUUUGUCAUUACCAAUGAGGACCAGAGCAUCGGGCAGUACCAAGAGCCUUGCCUUCGUCUUCCAAGGCGCAGGAAAUUGAGGUCGGCUGUUUGGAAUGAUAUGACCAAGGAACAGAGAGAGGAUGGCAGCUAUUUUGCUAUCUGCAACCACUGCAAGAAGAAAAUGGUGGGCAAUAGCACAAGGGGAACCACGCACUUAAAGAAUCAUUUAAGGUUCUGUGCGGCCUUUAAGCGUGCCAAGUGCAGCCAGACGGAUGUCGGACAGCUCUUCUUAGAAGCGAGCGAAUUAAAAAAAGUCGGGGCCAAUGGCCUUGAUUGCUUCAAGUUCGAUCCAGAGAGAAGUAGGCAAGAUUUUGCUCGCAUGCUUAUCUUACACGACUAUCCCCUUGCUAUGGUAGAUCACAUUGGUUUCAGAACAUUUCUGAGAAAUCUCCAGCCACAGUUCAGAUUGAUGCCCCGAGACGCUAUUCAAGCCGACUGCAACAGAAUCUACGAAGAUGAGAGGGAGAAAUUUCAGGAGGCACUGGUGAAGGCUCGUUCAAGAAUUAGCUUGGCGGGUGGCCUGUGGGUGACAACGGGGCGCUCUCAGUACCUUAGCUUAACAUGCCAUUUUGUGGACGACGACUGGAAGCUCCAGAAGAAGAUUUUGAACUUUGUUAAGCUUAAGUCAGCGCGUGACUCUUCUGAAAUCUCGAAGGCCAUCGAGGAGAAAGUCUCUGAAUGGCAGAUCAGCAGCAAAUUGUUCGGCCUGGUGCUGGAUGAUUCCUUCGGGACAGAGGCCCUCGUUGAAGAUCUUGUCUACUCUCAGUUCAGUUCAGAGCUUCUUUUGGACCCUGAGCUGUUUCCAAUGCAAUGUUGGGCUCGUAUCUUGAAUCUGAUCGUCCAGGACGGUCUGAAAGUGAAGGAAGUCAGCAGUGUCAUCGAAAGAAUACGGGGGUCUGUGGGGCAUGUGAGAAAGUCUCGGUCGAGGAGAGGCUGCUUCCAGAGAUGUGCACAGCAAUUUGGAGAACCCGGGAGGCCAUUACUUCUCGACUCUCCAUUGAGGUGGCAGACGACGUUCUUGAUGUUGGAGACUGCGUUGGAGUACAGGGAUGUGUUUACUCAUUUGCCGGGGUUCGACAGGUCCUACAGCCUCCCGCCGUCUGCUGCCGAUUGGGACGCCGUUCAAGCCAUUGUUGACUGUGUGUCUCUGUUCCACGAGGCCACAUCAAGGUUCUCUUGCUCAAAGUACCCCACCAUCAACUUCUUCUUUGUUGAUCUCUGUUCUCUCUAUGUUAAGUUGAAGGAGUGGUGCAACAGCCCGAGCCCAUGCAUCCAGUCCAUGGCUGCGAAGAUGUUUGAGAGAUUUGCGAACCACUUGAAUGGAUUAAACUUGCUUUUGGUGCUUGGCUCUAUAUUGGAUCCCCGGUUCAAGAUGAAGUCAGUCGAUUACCUGUUUGGCCAGAUUUAUUUUGAUAAUUUUUCUGAGAGGAUAUACGAUGUUCAAGAAGCAUUUUUAAAGCUCUACAAGGCGUAUUCAGCUCAGUACGAGCGCGUUGUGAUGAGUCACGCCUCUGAAACGUCGGCUAACAAUGAGAGCCCAUGUGGGGAGCAUCAACCUGGUAGAAGCGUGCAGCCUUCGAGCAAGAACACUCUGGAUUUCAUGCGCAAGGGGCUCGGGCGUCUGCUGCUGGAGACCUCGCUGAUCCAGCCCAGAAAGCUGGACAUUGAUCUUUACCUAGAGGAGGAUGUCAUCGUCUCAGAUGAUGAUCACUUCGAUGUCUUAAAAUGGUGGAUGCAGCAUGCGGAGAGAUACCCAGUCCUAUCCAUGAUGGCUCGUGAUAUCUUGGCCGUCCCAGUGUCAGUGGCCGCCUCUAAGAGCGCCUCUGGUCCGAAGAACAUGGUGGUGGAUCAUCAUCUGAGGUGUCUAGAUCCGCAUGCUGCGCAGAGUUUGCUGUGUGCCCAAGAUUGGUUAAGGGGUGAGAUAGAAGGUAAAUCCAUCAACUUCGUCUGCUUCUGUUCUUCACCAUCUUAUCUGCCUUUAAUGUCUUGUCUUGCAGAAUCUUUGAAAGAUGGAUCAGCGGAUGGCCUUUCUAGUAUUUUUACAGUCAUUCAUCUGACGAAUGAAGGUGAUGCAGUGGAUGAUGAAGAAGAGAGUGGCUCUGAAGAAUCAGUGUCACCCGUCUUCAAGUUAGGUGAAGACCCUUCUCCCGUGACUUCUGUGUAA